UUCGAGAACCUGUUCAUGUUGCUCCGCGACAGCUUUGCCGUUUUCGUCUUCCAUCGUGUCGCAGGUCACGUUAUGUCGCGUCGUGGACAUCCGGUCCUUUUGCGCUAGAGGGAAGAAAUGUCUAGAUCGCGGGGCUAGCGCGUUCGGAAGUUUGCCCCACCUCACGCCCUACGCCUUGCAUGCCUCGCAAUAUCUAGAAGUCGGCCAGAGACAGCCCGAGAUCCUUUGCGGUGUACUGCAUUCGCUUGCUAACCUAGAUCAAUACGCGAUCAGUUGGUAAAGGUUGCAUUGGUAGCGGCGCCGACUUCGGGCUGACGCCUUCAUCCUACAUCCAAUUCCAGCCAUCGUCAUCUCAUCGCCAAAACAACACUCGCGACUUCUAGAGUCAUGGAUCAUCAACAAGUGAACGACUGGAAUUUCCAAUCCUGGAACGAAGAUACGAUUGACCCUUCGUGGUUCGACAACUUUCUCGCAACAGAUGUCGGCCAGGAUGCGACUAACGCUGCGUCUGGUGCUCCUGCCGCAUUCAGCAUCGACGAUGACUUGGCAAUCGACCCGAACUUCCAUGACUUUACAUUGGAAGAUACAUUACAACCAAUGAGUGGUAUGACUUCACCAAGUUAUCCAUUUGAUGCAUACCAGCCGACGGAGUUCCACGAGCGCCCACAAGCGCAACGACAUCACACACUCCCGCGUCGUCGAAGCAAGUACUUCAAACGCAGAUCGACGGGUACUGCUAGCCCGAUGGCGAUACCUAAUGGAAGUCCUCGACAUGAAGAGGGUCAUUCACUGGCCAUUCAGCGCUGGCGGAACUCGCCGCCCGAAGAUGAAGCCGCAUCUCUGUCAGCCAUCUACCAUGCCCUGGAGGACAGGCCCAUAGGCCAUUCACCGCGUAUCAGCCGGCCUUCCAGCGGCGACGCGUUCCGAAGAUAUCGCGGCCCUUCCUCAACCACGAGUCUCGAUAGCGCUGCAAGCGAAUCCUCAUUACGAUCCGUGAAUUCGAGUCGCUCCGCCACGUCGCAAUCGAAGCGUCGCAGUCAAGCCAAGACAAGAAGCAAAGGCAGAGUCAGGGGAAAUAUGCUGGACCCUGACCGUAUAUUCAAGUGUACCUUCUGCUGCGACACCUUCAAGCACAAGUACGACUGGAAGCGACACGAGAUAUCGCUGCAUCUAAACCUCGAAAGCUGGAUGUGCACGCCGCAUGGAGCUUCUGUGGUGCUACCUCUUACGGGUAGAGUACACUGUGCCUACUGUAGUGCAUUAGAUCCGACACCUCAACAUCUGCAGAAACAUAACCAUGCGGCAUGCACAGACGGUAACAAUACUCCUCGUAUAUUCCACCGCAAAGAUCAUCUCACACAGCACCUUCGUCUAGUCCACGGACUCGAAACACUACCUCUCAUCGACGACUGGAAACUUGAGACUAUGCCAGUAAGAUGUCGUUGUGGUAUAUGCAAUACCAAUAUAAGUAGCUGGGAUGAGAGAGCAGACCACCUCGCAGCACAUUUCAAAGAGGGCAAAACCAUGGCCGAUUGGAAAGGCGAUCACGAUUUCGAACCGGCGGUGGCUGCCAGGGUCAUCAACGCGUUUCCGCCCUACUUACUUGCUGAACAAGCGAAAACCGUUGUACCCUUCUCUGCAACGAAUCCAGGAUCCAUCGACCAUACAAAGCAAAUGAUCUCGCAAAUUCAACGAGAAGAGAUUCAACGGGAAGAAGAACCAGCCCAGGAAUCUCCGAAAGAAGUUACCCAGACACCGGACCAUCAAGCUUUUGAGGACUCUUUAGAAGCUCUUCGAAAUCUUUCUACCCAGCACGAUUAUGACUUUGCGAAGGUUUUAACGCGCCACCUUAGUCGUUUUGCGAGACAGCAGAUGUUGUCAGGUAUCAUACCGACGGAUGAGAUGUUUCAACGGGAGUCGCGGAGAUUGCUAUACCAGGACCCGGAUGAUGGGUGGAAUCAGACAGUCGCAGACAACCCAAACUGGCUACAAGACUUUCGUCGUCGUAGUGGACUUGAAGGUAGCCCUAGUACAUGAUGCCAAUCCACUCUCGCGCAAGACCAAGUAAUACUUUCAAGUGUUUUUCACCAAUCUCUUACACCAUGUCACGAUUGUGC